AAAUGUGUGUGCGCGUAAUUUUUGAGUCAUGUUUGACCAAUCAACUUUUACAUACAAAUUAAUUGUAUUGAUAAUUUGCCAUGCUGGAUAUGUGCAAACAUUUUAACAUUUCGCUUUUUGUCUAAUUUUAAUAGUGCGGAACGCUUUCCACCUUCUCCAUAGCCAUCAUAAAAUCAUUAAUAGUUUUUUACUUUUUAUAAAGGUGUUUUAAAGGAACAAAUGAUUCACUUUGAAUAAAUAAUAAACAUUUUUGGCUGUAAAAAAUCCCCUGAUGGAAACUAAAUGAAAUGCGUUAACUGUUUUAGUAUGAGGAAAAGGCAAGCAGGGAAAAAAUGUGUAUUUCACUCUCAGUUAUUCCUGACAUUAUUAUGAUCAUUAAGUUGUGAUGAAUAGUAGUUGUUUAAUAACUUCUUACCCACCUGCAUCAUUGCCCAUCAAUUUCAACUAGUAAUUACAAACAGGUUUCACAGAAUGCUAGGCAGAAUGUAAGACUGAAUUUUACCCUCCAGCUAAUUUUGAAUGCUGAAGUAAACUUUAAAACACAGUUUAAUAAAUUAUUGGUAAUGUUUAUCAAUCAACAAGUGUUAAACCUGUUUGAUCCUUCAUUUCUCUCCUGAAAUAAAAAUAAAAUAGUUGCACAAAGUCUUUCAUGUCUUACAUGCGUUUGUUUAACAUGUCGUAAUAUUUGGAAUUACUUAACUCCCACUGUUAAAUGUAAGUGUACCAUAAAUGUAUAUAAGAUCUGUUUAAAUUAGGGAAAAGGUUGUGUUAAGUGUAUGUUUUGUAAUCUAAUGCAUCUGUGUGUAACAUAGGGUACAUUCUUAUUGUAAGUUAAGUAACAACAGUUUCAAGGAAAAUGAGAUUAAAUAACUGUCUUGGCAGCUCCUGAAGGCUUAAUGUUGCUGUGGCAUGUACAGAGUUCACUUAGCGUUUUACAGCUUUAACCCCAUGUUGUAAGGGCAUAUUUAAUGAAAAUCUACAGAUAUCUUUCAAAACAACAUAUGGUUUUUCUGACAAAGAUGAUGUGUCAUUUUUUAAGAACACUUUGUAUAAGAAUGACAGGGGUAAAUCCAUGCUAAAUUCCCUCCAGCGCCAUCUGAAAUUCCCCUCUCUUUGUUCUGCAGCUGUGCUUGAGCGGUGUUUUCCCACCUGAGUUUGUUAAAACGCACAGGUUAAGGCCCGGUCACACUCUCCUUGCUCUCUCCAUCCCAGCCAGCUCCAUUCCAAACCCGGCCCUUCUUCUCCAGGCUCUCUAUCCCCUCAUGGGCGCGAUAUCAGCCAGUGCUAGAGGACCACCGUCUCAACCCUAACACCAGUCCUCACCAUGGAGAUGAAACAACCAGAGAUGAUGAAUCGAGAGGAUGGGGGAGAGCAUGAGAAGGAACAGGAGUCACAAGAAAACGGAAGGCUUGUUGCGGACAGCAUUGCGGAGAAGGGUCAGAAAACCUGCUCCGGACCUGGGCAGGUCUCCAACGGUUAUCCCAGCACAUCCCCACAAAGCCCCAGGGAUGGUGCGGGUGCUGGGACGGACAGGGGCAGCACCCCUGGAACAUUCAGGACUCUGGUGGUCCAGCAGACCAGCUUGGAUCCACCUAGGGAGACCUGGAGCAAAAAGAUGGACUUCUUGCUGUCAGUGAUCGGGUAUGCAGUGGACCUGGGCAAUGUGUGGCGCUUUCCCUACAUCUGCUACCAGAACGGAGGGGGUGCCUUUCUUCUGCCGUACCUGCUGAUGGCUGUGUUUGGUGGCGUGCCACUGUUUUACAUGGAACUGGCUCUGGGCCAGUUUCACCGCAGCGGGUGUAUCUCCAUCUGGAAACACAUCUGCCCCAUCUUCAAGGGUAUAGGCUUUGCUAUCUGCAUCAUUGCACUCUACAUUGCCUUCUACUACAAUACCAUAAUGGCCUGGGCUCUCUACUACCUCCUGUCCUCCUUUCGUGCCACGCUGCCCUGGACCACCUGCACCAACCAGUGGAACACUCCCAACUGCACCCAGUACCUGUCCACUGACUUAAAUGUCUCCUGGACCGACAACUCCAUCUCUCCGGCUGAAGAGUUCUAUAUACGGCAGGUCCUGCAGGUUCAUCUGUCCCCUGGUCUUCAUCAGUUGGGCUGGGUGAGCUGGCAACUAGCCCUCUGUCUGUUGUUCAUCUUCACUGUUGUGUACUUCAGCAUCUGGAAAGGGGUCAAGACCUCUGGCAAGGUAGUGUGGGUGACGGCUACCUUUCCGUACCUGGUGCUGCUGAUCCUGUUGAUAAGAGGGGCCACCCUGCCGGGAGCAUGGAGAGGAGUGGUCUUCUACCUGAAACCUGACUGGGGCAAACUUUUAACCACUACAGUUUGGCUUGAUGCAGCUGCACAGAUCUUCUUCUCUCUGGGUCCAGGCUUUGGUGUUCUCCUGGCCUUUGCCAGCUACAAUCCCUUUCAUAACAACUGCUACAAAGAUGCAUUAAUCACAAGCUCAGUGAACUGUUUGACCAGUUUCCUGUCAGGCUUUGUGAUCUUCACUGUGCUGGGCUACAUGGCAGAGAUGCGCCAACAACGUGUGGAGACUGUAGCUAAAGAUGCUGGUCCCAGUCUGCUCUUCAUCAUCUAUGCUGAGGCUAUUGCCAAUAUGCCGGCUGCUACGUUCUUCGCCAUCAUAUUCUUCCUCAUGAUAAUUAUGCUGGGGCUGGAUAGCACGUUUGCAGGUCUGGAAGGGGUAAUUACAGCCAUGUUGGACGAGUUCCCCCACCUGUUGGCCAGGAGGAGAGAAUGGUUUGUGCUCGGCCUAGUGUGCGUCUGUUAUUUGGGCGCCCUCUCCACUCUUACCUACGGAGGUGCGUUUGUUGUUAAACUAUUUGAGGAGUAUGCCACAGGCCCUGCUGUUAUCACCGUGGUCUUCCUCGAGGUCAUUGCUGUUUCCUGGUUCUAUGGGACGACACGUUUCUGCAACGACGUGCAGCUGAUGCUUGGCUUUGCUCCUGGUGUGUUUUGGAGGGUCUGCUGGGUAGCCAUCUGUCCCUGCUUCCUAUUGUUCAUUAUUGGGAGUUUCCUGGCAUUCCCUCCCGAAGUGAGGCUGUUUGACUACCUGUACCCUUUCUGGACCACAGUUCUCGGCUACUGUAUUGGAGUCUCCUCCUUCAUCUGUGUGCCUUCUUACAUGGUCUACCAUCUAGUCACCACCAAAGGGACCUUCAAACAGCGUCUGCUAAAGAGCAUUACCCCUGAGGCUCCGGGGUCCAGCGGCCCUCAGAGAGAUACAAUUGUCAUCACCAACGCCGUGUGAUACAUUUCCCCUUCUGCUGGACAUGUAGCACAAACGCAGGGGACCCGUGUCUCCUGUAAGGGCCUCGGCUGACCUCCCUUCACACCUCACCCCAGAGGAGUCUGCUACCUGUAUUGUGUGACGGUGAGGCCAGGCCUCCGAAUACAGCCAUUGUUUUAUUCUUAUUCUAGCCGUCCAUGUGUGACCACUGUCAGCGCUCAUAUGAGUUACUGACUGCCGUAGCAAGUUCUUGAGUUUGUGUUUUGUCCUUCCGUUGUUAAUUUUAGAUCUCCAUGUUAAUUUUAGAUCUCCAGUGUUUAAAUAUAUAUAUAUAUGGCUCAUGUAUACUAAUGUUGAAAAGUUUGGGGUCAGUAAGAUUUUUUUUUUUUUAAAGAAAUUACUACUUUUAGUCAGCGAGGAUACAUUAACUAACAAAGGUGACAGUUAAGAACUUAACAUUGUUUACAAAAUAUUAUUUCAUAUAAAUGCUGUUGUUUUGAACCUUAUAUUCAUCAAAGAAUCCUGAAAAAAAAUCACUGUUUACACAACAGUUUUCAACAUUGAUAAUAAGAAAUGUUUCUUGAGCAGCAAAUCAGCAUAUUAGAUUGAUAUCUGAAGGAUCAUGUAACAUUAAAAAAUCUCACCAACUCCAAACUUUUGAAUAUCUGUUAAGUGAAGAACUGGAAUGGACGCAGAAGUGGUUCAGUUUACUUUAUGAAAAUCUAUAGAUUUAUAUCUAUAGAUAUAGAAAAUUUCUAUAGAUUGCUUUUCUGCAAUAUUUCUUUUUCCUAAAAUAGUAACUAAAUACAUAAAGAUUGUUAUAUUGUGGUUUUGUGACCAAUGUCAGGUAUAUUUUACAUGUACACUCAUUUAUAUAUGGCCAAAAAUGAUUUUGUUUGUUUAUUGUUAUUAUAGAAAUUUGUACGUAUGACUUCAAAAAAGCUGUUUUUGGUUUAGGGACUGAAUCCAUCACUAAUUGUGAAUAUAUUUUCUUAUUUUCUUUCUUUUUUUAAAUUCUUAAUUUUUUAUUUUACAUUUCAGAUGUGGAAAGGGUAAAAGUAGGACUGUAACAGAAUGUUUUUUUAUGAGACAAGCAAGGGCCCAAAUUUUUUUAUGUUUUUUGCACAGGUGUGUAUGUGUGUGUGAGUGGAUAUGUGUGUAUGUGUGUGUCUUUGACUACAGAUAUUACGUAACAGAUAUUAAGUGUUCAGCCUACUUUUGGAAGAUAUGUACCAAUUGUUAGGCAUAUGUGUA